CCCAAGCGGCCUAGCGGCGUACGGAAGCCGGGAAGGCUGGGCGGCCUCUCCCGUCGCCUAGGUGAGGGCGCAAUUCCCCCCUCCCCUUCGCCUCUGCUGCCGGGCACUUCGUCAGCGCUGCCAACGUGGAGCCGGCCGUGGCGAAGGCGGAAGUGCUGCGGGGAAGAGAAGGAGGGAGCCCUGAGCCGCCGCCGCAGCCAUGGAGAGCUCCUUGGAGAAGAUGGUUGACCCUACCUUAGCAGAAAUGGGAAAGAAUCUUAAUGAGGCCAUGAAGAUGCUUGAAGACAAUCAGAGGAAAGCAGAGGAAGAAAAUGAAAAGAAGUAUACAAGAAAAGAUAUUCCUGGCCCCCUUCAAGGCAGUGGGCAAGAUAUGGUGAGCAUUCUUCAGUUAGUUCAGAAUCUUAUGCACGGCGAUGAGGAGGAGGAAUCCAUGCAGUCUUACAGACUCCAGAAUGUGGGUGAGCAAGGUCACAUGGCUUUGCUAGGACACAGCUUGGCCGCCUAUAUUUCUGUGUUGGACAGAGAGAGGUUGCGGAAACUGACAACUCGGAUCCUUUCAGAUACAACCCUGUGGCUCUGCAGACUCUUCAGGUUUGAAAAUGGGUCAGCGUAUUUCCACGAAGACGAUCGCGAGGGCCUCUUAAAAGUCUGCCGCCUCGUGAUCCACUCGCACUAUGAAGACUACACGGCCGAAGGUUUUAACGUGCUCUACAGCAAACAGCCGAUGAUCUAUAUCAGUUCUGCAGCCAGAGCGGGCUUGGGCCAGUCCCUUUGCAACCAGCUUGGAUUGCCCCUUUCCUGCAUGUGCCGGGUGCCUUGCAAUACCAUGUUCGGCUCACAGCAUCAGAUGGAUGUCGCUUUUCUGGAUAGGCUGAUCAAAGAGGAUAUCGAGUCUGGCAAACUGCCCAUUUUGCUUGUGGCCAAUGCUGGUACCCCAGGAGCAGGGCAUACGGACAAGCUUGGGCGUUUGAAAGAACUCUGUGAGCAGCACGGCAUGUGGCUCCAUGUCGAAGGGGUGAAUUUGGCCACUUUGGCCUUGGGUUACGUCUCUUCAUCUGUACUGGCAGCAACCAAAUGCAACAGCAUGACCUUGACUCUGGGGCCUUGGUUAGGCCUCCCAGCAGUGCCGGCCGUGACUCUCUACAGACAUGAGGAUCCCUCUUUGUCCUUAGCCGCAGGUCUGACCUCUAGUCAGGCAGUGGAGAAGCUUCGUGCCCUGCCCCUGUGGCUCUCUUUGCAAUACCUUGGACAUGAUGGGAUUGUCGAAAGAAUAAAACACGCAUCUCAGUUGAGUCAGCGACUGUUGGAAAACCUGAAGAACCAAGAUUUUAUUAAAACAUCAGUUGAAGAUGAACUUAGCUCUCCAGUCGUGGUAUUCCGAUUUUCCCCUGAACUUCCACAUUUAGAUCAACUGUUACGUGCUGGCCAGGGUCCUAUGAUAAUUGGCAAUGAAAGAUACGUUUGUGAUACUUUCAAUCAGUGGCUAGGGGAGCAGUUGGCUCAGUUAGUGCCAGCCAGUGGAGUUGAUGUGGUAGAACUCGAAGAUGAAGGCACUUGUGUACGCUUCAGCCCCUUAAUGACUUCAGCAGUUUUAGGAACUGAAGUGCAAGAUGUUGACCAGUUGGUGGACUGCUUGAAAAUGAAGGUUCCCGUGUUGACUUGCACGCUUCAACUAAGAGACGAGUUUGAGCAGGAAGUGAAAAGAACAGUCGGGCUGUCCUAUGUGGAAGACAUCAGCUGGCCUGGUCUUGGGGUGGUUAGGUAUGAGGGGCAGAAUGAAGACAAGCAGGAAGAGAAAGAAGUGGAAAAGAUAACCGGUGCGCUCUUGAGAAAGUUGAACGAGCUGGAAUCGGAUCUGUCCUUUUCUUUAGGUCCAGAAUUCGGAGGGGAGAAAAACUGUAUAUACAUUGGGAUGGUUACAGAAGACCUAGACGUGGCUGAGCUGGUAGAAACAAUUGCAGCGACAGGCCGAGAAAUUGAAGAAAAUUCAAGACUGUUGGAAAACAUGACGGAAAUUGUACGCAAAGGCAUCCAGGAAGCUCAGGUUCAGCUGCAGAAAGCAAACGAGGAGAGGCUACUGGAAGAGGGGCUGCUCCGACAGAUUCCGGUUGUGGGUUCCGUACUGAACUGGUUUUCUCCAUUUCAUGCUUUGCCGAAGGGAAGGACCUUUGACCUAACAGCAGGCUCUCUUGAAUCGACUGAGCCCACUUACGUAUCCAAAGUGCAGGGGACCGGGGUCACUCCGCCUCCCACUCCCACAUCUGGCCGGGCAAAGCAAAGGUUCCCUGGCCAAAAAAUGUUUAAAAGGUCCUUGAAGGGCUCGGAUGGGCUCAGUGAGACCAGCUCUGUGAGCCACACCGAUGACUUGGGCAGAGGAGAGCCACAACCAGGCAUUUCUUCUGCAGGGCAAGAGAACCCCGAGCCGCCAGAAGAGAGUGCACACCUGACCAAGGAUAUGGGGGAAGACUCCACAGGGGAAACGGUUCAGACUCUGGGGAAUGAUUGCACUAAAUCACAGGGACAAGAAAGUCUCAGAUAAGAAUCCUGGCCCUGUGCAUAAAGACUUUGUACAGAAAAUAAGAGGCGUUUCUUCUAGAGCAGGGGAAUUUCAUGAUGCAUUUAAAAAUGUGAAUAGUGCCACAGUUUGUCCAGUAAUGACUACUGUUACUUGUGAUUUACUGGAGAUUUUGCACAAAUUUUAGUGAAAGAAGCUGUUCUCUCCUUGGCUUUCCUCUUUCCCCUCACUGUCGGGUGAUGGCCUUGGUUUGUUUCCUGUACUGGUCACAACUACUGUUCAUGGUAUACCUGUCAAGGCAGUGAGGCUUAGGUUAACAGGCAUACUGCAGCAGCUUCUGACAUGUUCCCCUGUUGUCAAGGCACUCUGCAAGUAAUAUUUUGUGUCAUUUUUGAAAAAUUGCUGUGCCUGCCCAGAUCUCUCUUGGCCUUUUGUUGGCUGAAUGAUCUGUUGCAUUUGGUGCUCUUGAAUUUUUUUCUGUAAAAUAGAUCCAAUGUCUAAUUCUAUUAAAUAAAUAUAUCAGUUGCUCACACUUUUAUUAAAUUACAGAAUACCUGUUAUCAUUAACUGGGCUUUUAACUGGCCUUUUUGUGUUAUGAGUCCUCGUUCAGAUUUUUUUCUAGAAGUUUGUAUGUGGGCAACUUUGGCAGAGGUUAUCUGAACACUGUUUUCUCAAGGCAUGGGUUUUUCCAUGUCAGGCAAGUAGAACACCCUUAUCUCUGUGUUUCACAGGUCUCUUGAAAAGAUGUUGUUUGUGAAACACAUUCAUCAACCUGUCACACAUUUUGUGAUUUGCCUUCUGUUCUGAGAUUCUAGUUGUCCCACCCUUACUCGCUUUUGUUCAAUAUUGUAAAUACCAAGAGAAAUUAUUAUUUUAUGUAAGUCUACUUGCUUCUCCAAAUAAGGGUUGAUUGAUAAAGUGCGAAUUAAACUCA